GUCUCAAUUUGCCCAGCUGCACAGCGACUGGCAUGGCAACAAAGGCAUGACAAAUGAUGACAACUGACAAGAAGCGUUCCUCCUGCUGAUCAAGCCAACUUUUCCGACAUCACUUAUCCAACCCAGAAAUGAGUGAAUCAGAAUCACGCCCACCUUCUUCAGGUCCUCGAGAAGGUCAUCAUGGUAGCACAACAGGUGCCAAAGACGUAGAGCGACCUUCACUGAUUAUGGAGUCACCCCAAGAUAACGUCGUGCUGGGCUGGGUCAAGUUGACGGAUCUGCCUCCUUUGCCGCGGAUCGAGAAGGCUCAACCGAUCGCCUCCACGCACCGCUACCACGGUCCGCUCAGUGGUCUCAAGCUGAGGGUCCGCCUGUUGGAGUACCCGUCCCUCUCCUCCGUAACAAUAGACCGGAAAGACAAAAACAAGGAGCGCCUCCUCUCCAUCGUUCAGGAUCGCAUCUUCUCAUGGCAAGAAAAGGUGGAUGGGUCCGUCGGAGAUACUCCUCGGCUCUACUCCUACGUUGACACAGACAUAUUUGUGGCAAGACAAGGAGCGAGAGGGGCUGUUGAGACGCGCAGGAAGGAGGUCCCAGCUCCACAAGGGCAGGCGGAAGAUGAAGAGUGGGAGGACGCAGACGCAACCAGUAAUGAAGAUUCCACCGUCAAGGCCCCCACCACCACCACUUCAAGUGAGGGGAUUAGUGACCCCGCAAAGAAGGUCAGUACCACCAAGCAAAAGACGAAAACAGAGCAAGAAACAGAGUUGAAGGAGGAGCAACGGCUGAUGAAAGUGAUAAAGAGACGCCAAGAAGUGGAACAACGUCAUGCCGCCGUGGAUGAUUUUAUUCGCCAAGAAGACGCAUCUGUGGUGGAGAUGAUGGGGAAGCACUUGCGAGGAAAGCGACCUAAAGCGUCCCUGUCAUCGUCCAUCCUCCCCACCACAAGUCCCUCAAAGUCCAGGGGUCAACCCAUCCUUGGGGACAUUGCUGAUGGGACAAGAGCCACGGAUGGCAAACGUGUUCCAUCCUUCACACGCCGGACUCGAGCAGUCGAGGAAAGGUUGCGACACCGGGGACAAAUCUCGCUCCAGUCGCAGGCCAUGAUUAUUGUGGCAACCAUUCCCCACUCCAAAAAACGGGUCAUAGUUUGUCGACUGAAGGCGCUUCCUACCGCCGGCGUGAUAACUGUCAAAGCUCCAUUUGGAUUUCGUGUCAUCCAUGCCUCCCGAACCCACGUGUACCGCCUCAGCUGGGAGCUACACCUUCCACCCCAGAAACAAGCUUCCCCUCAACUAGGACGACCUGUUCUGUCCUCAACUAUUAAAAACAGUAAUACCAGAGGCGUCUCAUUCGAGAGCGUUGACCAUAACCAGCUCCGCGUGUGGCUGAUGGGUGAGAUCGUUUCCGCUCGUGGCUUUGACAGCGAGCCGCUCUGCGUCCACUAUCUCCUCGAAACACCCACCGGAUGGACCACCACGACCCAAAAUUCAUCCUCGAGUAUUCACACCGAGCUUGGGACAGGGACGACCCAGAGCAGCUACACGACGGUGGAUGGGGUUGCCCACUUUUCCCACCAGUUUUCCACCCUCCUCUCCUUCUCGCUGGACACGCUUCACCACACGCUCCAAAGUCCCGUCCUCCUCCUCAUGGUCGUGUCCCUGAAGGACAGUGGUCGCGUCCGCUACGAGGGAUACGGAUACGCCAACCUGCCCUCCACCCCUGGAUCCCACACCCUCCGCGUCCUCACCUGGAAGCCAAGACAUCGUUCCAUCGUCGAAUGGAUGCAAGACUUGUUUCUCGAUGCCACACCCUCUCUCCAGGACAUUAAAGCUGUCCACAUCCCCCCACAGAAAAGUAGUAAUCAACGCCUAGUGGGGAACAGACUUGGGUUGCAGACUGACCCGAGUGGUGAGGUCACGGUUCGCCUGCACCUCGCUCACCACGCCCCCUCCUCAGUGCGCGAUCAGGCCUCCAAGUUGGACCUUUUGGAGAAGAUGAGUUCCGCCACGAUUCUCAAAAGCGUGCAAAAAGUUAUCGAUGCCUUCAACCGGGCCAGAACCAAGACGCUUCUCCUCAAACGUGGAACGAAUAGUGGUCGUGCGGGAGUGACGGCGUAGUCUGCCCAGUCGUGAUUGACGGAAAUUUUAUU